UUAACUUUGACCUGAGAUAAGAAGACUGAAGAAGUUAUCGGCAUAUCAAUGGUGAAGUCUGGUUUUGUUCAAGAGAAACAAAACGACACUCGUGUUCGACUGGAAAACAUCAACAAUUAUUCGAUCAUGUCGCUGUGCGAAUAUAAGAAAAAUAUCCGGGAUGGCAGUGAUGAAAUUUUGGAAGCUAAGCUUUGUAAGCACUUGGGGAAUGGUUUACCUGUUGUUUGCAAUCUCAGCGAUCUUAUAAAAGAGUUACGGUUGAUAUUUGAGUGCGAAUCUGUCAAUGUUGAGUUAGUGAGUUACCUGAUGAAGUCGUACAAAUCGAAUCCUGUUGACUGGAAGAAAUACGCAAAGUUUGACAGAUAUAGAUAUACACGCAACUUGGUUGACAAGGGCAACGACAGAUACAAUUUAAUGAUUCUUUGUUGGGGUGAAGGUCAUGGUUCAGCUAUCCACGACCACGCCAAUGCUCACUGUUUUAUGAAAAUUCUUCAAGGAUCCCUUGAAGAAGUAAGAUUUGCGUGGCCGGACGAAGAAGGUCAAGAACUCAGGCAAACGAAAAGGACGUCGCUUAAUCUGAAUGACGUGUGCUACAUGAAUGAUUCCCUGGGUUUACACCGAGUUGAAAACGCUUCUAACGUCGAUACAGCGAUUAGUUUGCACUUGUACUGUCCCCCGUAUGAUCAGUGUUCAAUAUUUAAUCAAAAUACGGGGCAAAAGUCGACCGUCACGACCACUUUCUACUCGAUAUAUGGGAAGCGAAAUAAGGAUAACAAGGAAAUUGUGCAGCCUGAGGACAACUAAAACAAUAGCACUUUCACUCAGCUCUUCGUUUAUUAUUAUCAUUAAGAAAAUAAUAUAUUGUAUAAAUCAAUAGUUAUAAAUAACUUUUUUUUUAUUUAAAACUUUUAAUGAGAAUAUAACAAAAAAUAUAUAAAUUGCUAUUAUCUUCUA